AUGGCUCCCUACCCAACAGCAGCAGAGAUCAGAGGCUUUGCCUCAUCACUGGGCACCUCGGAUCCGUCUCCGUUCUUUGACAGGGUAUCGCCCCAAGUGGAAUGGCAUGUAAUGGGGACGCACCCGGCUGCGGGUGUCUUUACUAGCUUAGAUGCAUGGAAGAAGGGAGCGCUCGGCGUUGUGAAUGCCGUCCUGAAGGAGCCGCUCGCGCUGGAAGUUGUCAAUGUCUUUGGUGGCGGGGACCAAGAAUGGGCUACGGUUGAGCUCAAGGCAGACUCGGUAUGCUUGAACGGUAUGCCGUAUCCGCAGCGCUACGCUUGGCUGCUGCGUUUUGAUAAAAGCGGAACCAUUGUGCAGACAAAGGCAUACCUGGACUCGGCGCUCGUCCAAAAAGCUGUGAGUAGCAAUUCUGGAGAAGGAGGGUCGGGUCUUCCGAAGUGGCCAUAG